AUGAUACGCCAGUUACCACCCAGUGUCCGGUCACAGAUCCGGUCAGGUGUUGCUAUAACAAGUAUCACCCAGUGUGUGGAGGAGUUGUUACUUAACGCCGUGGACGCGGGCAGUAGAUGUGUUGCAGUUCGCAUUGAUUUAUCUUGUUUCCGUGUCCAGGUCGUAGAUAAUGGGACAGGCAUUGCUGCUGACCAAUUGGACAAAAUUGGACAGAGGUAUUCUACAAGUAAAUGCCAGGCUAUUGAGGAUUUGGAAUCACUUGGCCAGUUUGGCUAUCGCGGAGAGGCUCUGGCCAGUAUCCGUGAUGUUGCUUAUAUUUUGGAAGUUACAUCAAGAGCCCGUUGCUCUGCACAGACUUACUGCAAAAUCUUUCAACAGGGAAAGUCCCUGGACACUGUAGAAUCAAAAGUCCAUCGUCCAAGUCCAGGCACAACUAUCACUGUACACAAUCUUUUUUACAAUCUUCCUGUUCGACAAAAAUCAAUCAGUAUGACUUUAGAGAUGGAAAAUAUUUGCCAUCGCAUUGAAGCAUUGGCUUUGAUGCAGCCUGCACUCUCCAUUACCCUGAGAAACGAGACUACAGGGUCUGUCCUCCUUCAGACCCACAAAACCAAUAGUCCUUAUUCACAAAACCUUAAUACUGAAUGUGAUGAUAAUGAUGAUGAAAAGGAAAAUGAGUUAAAUAUUGUUGAUGAAAGUGAAACAGAUUUCACUUUAAAACUUUGGAGAAAUUGGAAGAAUCCAGUCUUUCAAAUAGGUGAAACUGAUGUUCUUGAUAUUUGGACAAAUCAUUCAGUGCAACGAAAACUCCAUCGAAUCACUCAUUCUUGUCAGUUCACAAAGGCAAUGCUUUCACAAAUGGAGACAAUCGGUCAGGUGGAUAAUAAAUUCAUUGCAUGCAUUGUGAAAUCAAAAUCACAAGAUGGAAGAUAUGGAAUUCCUGACCAUUUGUUGAUGAUUGACCAACAUGCAGCUCAUGAGCGAGUUCGACUUGAACAGCUUACUGCAGAUAUGUACCAAUCCGAGAACAAUGAAGAAAAGGAAAAGUUGGCUGUGAAAUUUUCCUGGAUAUGUCCUCCUUGGACACUCAGCUUGUCUGACAAGGAAAUCAGAAUUGUCAGUUCCUUCUUGGAUGAAUUCUCAAAAAUUGGUUUACAGUUGAAAGUGCAUCAAGAGAGCAACAUCAUUGAAAUACACACCGCCCCAUCAUGCAUUAUGACACGAGAAGCAAGUGAGCGUAAACAUAAUCGUAACACUGUGGCUGUUGAUCUCGUUCAAGCUGUGAUUAAAGAGAAAAUUGAGCUUCUUCAUGAUACUCGUGGAGCCCACUCUACUAUUCCUAAGACUAUUCAUAAUUUGUUGUGCUCUCAGGCUUGUCAUGGUGCCAUUAAGUUCAAUGACCCUUUGGCUUUGGUGGAAUGCCAAAACUUACUCAAAAUGUUAUUAAAAUGCAAGCUACCAUUUCAGUGUGCCCACGGUCGUCCUUCGGUCGUUCCUCUCCUCAACUUUGAACAUUUGAAACGGAUCUUAACAAAACCAGAACUUCCAAAAGUUAAUUUGAAGAAAUUAAAGAGACGGAUGGAAGAAGAAGGAAAAAAGAAUUUCUCAUAA